AUCAUUAAUUUUGUUUGAUGGUUUUGAAGAAACGAUGUCGUUGUAGCUUGAACUUUCUUUGGUUGAUGAUGUAGAAGAUUGAAACUUGGAAGAAAUGUGAAUAAGUAGAAUUAGGUUAUGAAGACUGGGACAAGUUAAGUCUUUGUGUGAUAUAAUACUGUUUGAAUUUUCAGUUCAGAUUUAAAUUAGACUCUCUCAAUUAGACUUUCCAAGAAAGCGAAAGAAAUUCACUUUAAUUUGAAACAUUCAAGUUAUGCAGAGCUUACAUGUGACAAUUCAAGAAUCAAGAUUUUCAUCCACAAACACACAAAAGGUUCAGGAGCCAAGUGCUCUACAAACUGAAGCAACGGUGGCGGGGCAAUUCGCGAGGAAGCUGCUUCAAAUUCUUUUCUACUUUCACUUACUCCUAAUCACGAUCUUGACAAUUUUCUUAACAAUACGCGGCGUUGUUUCAGCUGACAAGCACCAUUUCUACCCCAGGAGAUGGUACCCUCCCUUGCUUACUUCAGUUGCUAGCGUUGGAGUUUUCUCUUUCGCUUGGCAAUGGAUAACUUACUCCAAUCCUUCAAAAGCCAUCAAAAUAUGCUUCUGGCUUGGCCCGUUGUCGACGUGUGCAGUUGGUAUAGUAUUUUUAUUAAUUAGUUCUGCAGCUUGUUCAGCAGUAGGUGCCAUUUUUAUCAUUUCUGCAUUCAUUCAAACCCUCUACACUUGUUGGGUCAAUCCCAGAUUUGAAUAUGCUGCCAAGAUUUUAUCAGUCUCCGCAGCUUUUCCUCCUGCUAAAACUACAGUUUUGGUCACUCUAUCAAUAAUCACAAGUGUUGUAUAUACCUCUUUAUUGAUGUCUGGCAUUGGAGGAGCCACUGCAGUUGGAACUAAAUUAGACACCUUGUUCAUAGUGGUGAUCCUGCUCAGCCUGGCCUGGAGUAUGCAAGUGAUCAAGAAUAUAUUGCAAGUUACUGUAUCAAGAAUCAAAUACAUUCACUUCGCAUACGGGGCGGAUAUGGAUACACAAAUUGCUUUUCGUGAUACGAUGAAUCAUUUGGUUGGGAGUGUAUGCAUUGGUUCAAUAUUCGUUCCAAUUUUUGGGGUCAUUCGUGCUUCAGGACGAGGCAUCAGUUUGAUCGCUGGGGGUACAGAUGAGUUCUUGUUCUCCUGUGCUAAUUGUUACUCAAAUGUAGCUGCAACUCUUGGAACACAUGGAAACCGGUGGGGUUUUGUGCAUGUAGGAGUUUACAAUAAGGGAUUCGUCCAGGCGUCUGUUGAUACCUGGGAAACGUUCAGGCAAGUUGGGUUGGAAACACUCAUCGACUCUGAUCUCACAGGGGCGUUCUGUUUUUUCAGCGGUGUAGCAGGGGGCGCAGUAUGCACUCUUGUUGCAGGAACAUGGACACUUCUUGUUCAGAAGAGCUACGCCGCUGAAGUGUCUAUAUAUGCUUUCUUCAUCGGCUAUUUCAUGUGUCGGAUAGCUUUGGCAUGGCCACAAGCAUGUGUUUCAGCUUAUUAUGUUGCUUACUCUGAGAACCAACAGAACCCUCGAUUCGAUUCAACAAUCCCUGCUCGCAUGCAAGAGCUUCAGAGAUAUCAAACUUAACAAACAUUAGAGCAAAUCCAAGCAUUUAUAUAUAAAUACCCGAUGAUGUUGAAGAUAUUCACCAUCUAGCAAAAGAUCAGUGAUGUUGAGGAGCAUAUAGGCAAUGUAAAGGCUUGAUAGGAUGAUACACGGAGAGAAAGAUGAAAUAAUUUCAAAGAUUUUGAAACUUUUUCUUUCUAUUUGGCAAAUAACGGAUGCACCUAUUUCAUGGUGCAUAUUUGAAUACAAUUAUAUAACCAUAUAAUACCAAAUAUUUUACAUAUCAAUUAACUAUGCGAUGACAUUUGAUAGGGUUCCAAUACCGAUGCCAACUCAGACAAAACUGAAACCAUAUGAGUGUUCUUGUAAGUUCCAUACCAGAAUCGAGAAUUUCAAGAGAACGUGUGCAUUUUUCUU